AUGAUUGAAAAACGUUUGGAACAACAACAAACAACGGCAAAUGACAAAGACAACGCAAAAAAUGUUUUGGAAUCAAAUCAUACUACAAACUUGGCAUCGAAAACAUCUUUUAAAGCUUUACCUAAAGCUCUUGUGAAUGAAACAUUAAAACCUGAUGUGAAACAAGUGUUGGAUCAGAAGCAAGAGGAUGAUAAAAAGCAAGCGAUUGUUAUGAAAAACAAUAAUAAAACUUCACCCAGCAAGGCGAAUACAAACGUUACAAACGAAAGUGAUGAUGAUGACAGCGUUUUCAUAAAUGAAAACAAACCAAAGAAAGGAAACAAGGCAACAACAAAAACAAGCAAUUUGAAUGUUUUACCGGCAUCAUUGAAUGCUUCAUCAGUAACGUUGAAUAGUUUAAAUGUUUCAUCAUCAAAUACCAAAGCAGUGGCUCCAGCUGCAGCACAGAUUCACAACAGUCGCGAUUUAAACGUCAAAAGUGAAACAGUCGUCAGUUUGAGAGUAAAUUUUAGUAGAAAAAUAAUUUAA